AUGUUUCGUGUGCGGCGUGUCAUAUUGCACCCCCCCUGGUCAAAUCCUGGCUACGGGCCUGAUCAGGGUACAAUUUUAUUUUUAUUAUUACAAGUUAUAUAAUCAUUAGCAAUGUUCCAAUUCAAAAACUUAAUAAAGACGACUUUCAUUCUGGUUGUUAUAGCUGUAUACGACAACUUUUAUCAAUUACAAUUUUUCAUCAAAGAUAUAUUAGUUCCUGUUCAUUCAUUGAAAGAAUGCCUUUGUACACCUAUUCAAUAUUUCUCUUUUUUUAAAGAUAAGAAUUUAUCUCUAUCACUUAGUAGUCAGUAUUCAACUACAACUUCAUUCAAACAGCUGAAACUCCAGUUUCCUGAAAAUAUGAUGGCUUUUCUUUCAAAAGUUUCAAUUUUUAUCGCUAUAGUGGGUUUUGGUUUAAGCUGCUUAAAGGCCUGGAUGCAAGGACCUAAGUGUUUAUCCAAAAGAAGGCUUGAUGGUAAGGUUGUUGUUAUAACUGGAGCAAACACUGGUAUUGGAAAGGAGUGUGCUAAGGAGCUGAGUAGAAGAGGUGCUAAAGUAAUCAUGUUGGUUCGGAGCUUAGAACGAGGAGAAGCCGCAGCUAGAGAAAUAAGAGGGGAAGGAGGAGAGAUUAUUGUGGAAAAGAUGGACCUCAGCAGCUUUAACAGAAUUAGAGAAUGUGCAUCAAAAUUAAAUGUAAUACUGGAUAAAAUUGAUAUUCUCCUCAAUAAUGCUGGAGUAAUGGCAUGCCCUCUAUCAAGAACAGAAGACGGACUUGAGAUGCAGAUAGGAACAAAUCAUUUUGGGCAUUUCCUGCUUACAAAUCUACUCCUUCCGUUACUGCGUAAAGGUGGCCCAGGCACCAGAGUUGUUACUGUUAGUUCAAUAGCGCACACCUCAGGAAUGAUUAACUGGGAGGAUAUUAACUAUGAAGAUAAGAAGACCACAUAUCUACCAAUGUUAGCUUACAGACAAUCUAAGCUUGCCAACAUCCUUUUCUCAAAUGAACUUGGUAUAAGAGAGGCUGAACAUGGUAUCAAUACAUAUUCUCUUCACCCAGGAGUGAUUGCUACGGAUCUAUGGCGGCACUUGGGGGAUAAACCAAUUAUUGGAACUUUACUGAACAACUUAAUAACUCCAUUUUUUAAGACUGUUGAAAGUGGAGCUCAAACUAGUCUUUUCUGUUGUUUGGAUGAAUCUAUUGAGAAUCACACUGGAAGAUAUUACAGUGAUUGCAGGGAAAAGAUUGCUGCACCUCAGGCUCUCUCCAGAGCAGAUGGGAAAAGACUCUGGGAGUUGAGUGAGAAGCUGACCGCCAUUGUAAAAUAAAAAAAAAAUGUUUAACUUUAAUGAUGAAUGUCUUAAUAUCAAUAACUAUCUAUUUUUAAAGAAAACAACUUACCUAGAUACUUAUUUCUUGAAAUAAAAAAAACGUUUAUAGGAAAUUA